AUGGUUAGAGAGUUGGUUUCAGUGGAGCGUAGGAGAUGGGCGUUGAUGAAGCGUUGGUCGUGGAUGAAAGCAUACCAAGCCUUUGAAAUGCACAGGGAUCGUAUCAAAUCCUUGGGCGGAAGCCGUAAAAGGAUGUCCAAGAUAAGCUCCGGUGGCAGGGUAGUCAUGGUUGGUAUUGAUUCUUGA